AUGUCCUUUCUUAAAAAUAAAUUAUUCAGAUGGAAGCAAAAACAAAGAAUUCCUAAGAAAGAAUGGCCAGAACUUGUUGGAAAGGUAACAUACUUUAAUUUUGAAUUUUUUUCAACUGGUGACAUGGGAACCAAAAGUUUUGCUAGAAAUGCACUACGUGAAAACGAGCACAGAUAAAAGCUUUGCCUGGUUGUAUCAUUUUGUGGUAAGGAGAUAGCGUUUCAAAUAGCAGAAACGUUUAAUUUUUUAGUUCAAAUUUCCCGGUGAAUCAAGUAGUGUUGUCGUAGCCUCUCUAUGAUAAAGAUAACUUAAUGAUUGACGAUGAAACAUGCAUGGUGGCAGCAUGAGCAUCAGGCACGCGACGAGAAAAUAAUACAGUCAGUGCAUUCAAUAUCGAUGUAGGGUAAAUCUAAACAAUCAACUGAUACUCCAAGCUUAAUUCUGAUUCCCGUUUAAAGAGGUGGCUCGAAAAUCUUUAAAUUCUUUUUCUAUCUCAUUUUGAUGAAUGUAAACGCAAGCUGCUUUCGGUAUCGUAACGUCGAAAUAUCAUUAAGAUGAACUUUGAUCUGUGGCCGUAUGUUCAAGUAUGGUAAAAUGGCUGUAAAUUAUUGAUAUAAGUUCUGACAAAAGUUUCUGUUUUUCUUUUCUCUUAAAUUACACAUACCUCCCUGAUUACAUUUUAUAAUAAAAAUAUUUUUUGUCUUAAGUUUUGAAAUUUGGAAAAAAAAUUAAAAUUAAAAAAAUAUAUUAUUUUAAUGCUGAUUAAUACAUUAAGAAGAAAAGUUUCCAAAUAAAAUAAAUCUCUUUUUAGGAUGCUGAAGAGGCAACUACAAUCAUUGACAAGGAGCAUCCAGGACUAAAAGUAAAUACAUAUUCAUAAUUUAAUGAAAAAAAACUUUAAAUUUUAACAAGCCAAAACAUUUCCUAACUGUGAAAAAAGGUGUGCCCCCCCUCCCCCCAAGAUGACCCGUGGCUUUCUAAUAUAACUUCACCUUUAUACAAAUCUUUCACCAGCAGUUGAAAUACAAAGAAAAAUAUAUCACAAUUUAAUAAUGAAGUAUGAUUUAUUUGAUCUGUGGAUGAUAAUAAGCAAAGAGAUUAUCUUUGUUGGUGGGUUGCAAGUUGAACAAUUUCAGGAAAUAACCUUGAAAAAAUCAGGCUUUGACAGGAUUCCAACCUGUGCCUCCCAAAUACUAACUGGACACUGCUACCAACUGAGAUAUCACAAGUUGGGAGCAAGGCAUAUUUGUAGGAUUCAUCUUUCCCAUGGUUCAAAUGGUACUUAAGCUGAAAAAUUUUACUGACAUGAAUCUCACAUUUAGAUUCAAUUUUUUUUUACAGAUUCAAAUCAUUCCUGAAAACAGCUUUGUUAUUCGCAAUUUAGAAGAAAAUAGAGUCAGGAUCUUUGUGGACAGACAGCAAACAGUUACAAGGACUCCUCAUAUUGGAUGA